AUGUCGAACCGCAUACAGAUCGCCAUCGACCGAGGCGGCACCUUCACCGACUGUCUCGGUCGCAUCCCACCCCAAAAGUCCGGCGACGAGCCAAAGGACAUUGUCAUCAAGCUCCUCUCUCAUGAUCCGGCCAACUACAAAGAUGCUCCCACAGAGGGCGUCCGUCGGAUCCUCGAGCAGGCAUAUGAUCUCAAGCUACCACGAGGAGACAAGAUCGACACCUCCCAGAUCGAGUACAUCCGUCUCUCCACCACAGUCGCUACCAAUGCGCUUCUGGAGCGAAAGGGCGAGAGGCACGCUCUCGUCAUCACGAAAGGCUUCAAGGAUCUCGUUCAGAUCGGCAACCAGAGUCGACCCAGCAUCUUUGAUCUCGCCAUCAAAAAGCCAGAGGUGCUGUACAAGGGCGUGCUCGAGGUAGACGAGCGAGUGACGCUGGUGGGUUACACGUCGGAUCCCAAGGCGAGGGACAAUGCGGUGCAGUUUGAUCUCGACUCGCAGGACGAGUACGUGAGCAAGAUCACAAAGCCCUACUCUGGGACAGAUCAGCCGCCCAGCGCAUACGAUGAGCAGGGGAGACGGACAGGACCGCCAGAAAUCGUCCGUGGCAUCUCGGGCGAAGCAGUCGCCAUCCUCAAAAAGCCCGACGAGGCGCUGCUCCAAAAGCAGCUCCACGCGCUCUACCACCAACACGGCUAUCGAUCGCUCGCCGUCGUGCUUAUGCACAGCUACACCUAUCCCGCGCACGAACAGAUCAUCAAGCGUAUCGCGCUCGACAUCGGCUUCGAUACGGUGAGCUGCAGCAGCCAGCUCAUGCCCAUGAUCAAGAUGGUGCCUCGAGCAACCUCCUCCACCGCCGACGCCUACCUCACACCUGUACUGCAAGCCUACAUCGACGGCUUCUUCUCCGGCUUUGCAGACACACUACGCUCCGGCGAGGCGGGCACAAAAGUCGAAUUCAUGAUGUCUGACGGCGGCCUUACUUCUGUGGACCACUUCUCGGGGUUGAAAUCCAUCAUCUCCGGUCCGGCGGGCGGCGUGGUCGGUAUGGCACUGACGAGCUACGACGCCGAAGACAAGCGACCCAUCAUCGGCUUCGAUAUGGGUGGCACAUCCACCGACGUCAGCCGCUACGAUGGCCAGUACGAACAGGUCUUUGAGACCACCCUCGAUGGCAUUACCAUCCAAAGUCCGCAAUUGGACGUCAACACCGUUGCGUCCGGUGGCAGCAGUCGGCUCUUCUUCCGCAACGGCCUGUUUACGGUGGGACCCGAGUCGGCGUCUGCCCAUCCGGGACCGACGUGCUAUCGCAAAGGCGGGCCAUUGGCCAUCACUGAUGCGAACCUUGUCACCGGUCGACUGGCCGUUGAGAUGUUCCCACGGAUCUUCGGACCGGACGAGAACGAGGGUCUGGACGAAGACGCUAGCAAAAAGGCAUUUCAACAGCUUACGGACGAGAUCAACGCCAACUCGUCCCAGACGAAGCAGCUGUCGAUCGACGAGGUGGCGCAGGGCUUCAUCCGCGUUGCCAACGAGAUCAUGUGUCGGCCCAUCCGGGCGUUGACAGAGGCGCGUGGGUAUAGCGCGUCAAAGCACAUCCUUGCCUCUUUUGGCGGGGCCGGUGGGCAACACGCCUGCUCGCUCGCCCGAUCCUUGGGGAUCAAGACCGUCAUCAUCCACAAGUACUCUUCGAUCCUCAGUGCGUAUGGCAUGGCGUUGGCGGACCGAGUGUUUGAGCAUCAGGAACCGUGUUCCGAGACCUGGGGUGGGGCGAAUGGUGAAGCCAAGGCACGCAUUGAAAAACGUGUCGAUGCGCUUCGCGAAAAGGUGCAGCGCGAGCUCGAGGCGCAAGGAUUCAAAGGCGAUAGGGUGGAGUUGCAAACCCUGCUCAACUUGCGCUACGAGGGGACGGAUACGGCACUCAUGACGCGCCAACCAGAGGGCGGGGGAUGGGACUUCGAACGGGUCUUCGUCGAAAAGUACAGGCAGGAAUUCGGCUUUGUGUUGGAGGACAAGAACAUCAUUGUUGACGAUAUCAGGGUUAAAGGGAUAGGCAAGUCGUUUGACUCGUUGGGUCGAACGGUUCUGCAAGAGUAUCGCGAGCUGUUCAAAGACGGCGACAAGGCGACGGAUGUGGACAAGGUGGAAAAGUUGGCGACGAGAAAGGUGUUCUUUGACGGCGAGGGUCGACUGGAUACACCGAUUAUCAAGCUGGAUCAGCUGCAACAUGGGACAAAGAUCGAUGGACCGGCGAUAUUGGUCGAUCAGACGCAGACGAUUUUGCUCGAACCAAGAUGCACCGCCAACCUCACCAGUCAGGCCGUGCUCAUCGACGUGCACUACGAUUGA